AGCGGGCGCUGAUUGGCCGCGCUGCUGUCAGUCACACAGCAGAGCCUCCGGAUAGAUUAGGCUCCAUUUGCCAGAACUAAAGAGUUACUGAGCAUCAAGAAGGAAGCUUUCUGUAACCGGAGCACACCGCGCGCGGCGCACACUCACCCACCGGCUCCGGUAAACCGUGAGAGCGUCCUAAACGUACAGCGUGACGUUACAGUCUGCGCCUCCUCACACAGAGGUGGAUUCUCUGAUCGAUCGUGAAGAACGCCGUCAGUCGACAUGGAACAGACGAGUCCAGCACCGACAUCGUGAGAGCAGAGAUCUGUAAGAUCUGAGGUGAAGGGGAGGCCAGAGGACCCCCGUCAGCCUGAUGACCUUCACCCCGGAAGCAGGACCAUGAUCUGAAGAGUGCGCCAUACGCCAAACCCUGAUCUUCCUCUUCCUCCUUCUCCCCGUCUUUUUCUUUUUUUUUUUUUAACUCUUUUAAAUCCACUUGGAGACGUUCGUCCUUCGAGAGCGCACGGCAAGCAGACAUCUUAAAGAGGAAGAAACGCGACCACAGCCAUCCCUGACUCUGCCCCCACCGCCACACCGGAACCAUGGGGAGGAAAAAGAUCCAGAUCCAGAGGAUCACUGACGAACGCAACAGACAGGUGACAUUCACUAAGAGGAAGUUCGGCCUGAUGAAGAAGGCGUACGAGCUGAGCGUUCUGUGUGACUGUGAGAUCGCCCUCAUCAUCUUCAACCACUCCAACAAACUGUUCCAGUACGCCAGCACCGACAUGGACAAAGUCCUGCUCAAGUACACCGAGUACAACGAGCCGCACGAGAGCCGGACCAACGCCGACAUCAUCGAGGCUCUGAACAAGAAAGAGCACCGUGACUCUGAGAGCCCAGACCCCGAGGAGCCCUUCUCCCUCACCCCCCGCACUGAGGAGAAAUACAAAAAAAUUGACGAGGAGUUUGAUAAAAUGAUGCAGAACUAUAGGCUGUCAUCCACAGUCCCACAGCAAACCUUCUCCAUGCCAGUCACCGUGCCAGUAUCCAAUCAGAACGCGGCGGCGGCGGCUGCAGCCCUCCAGUUCAGCAACAACCCCGGCGGCGCCCUGGUCACCACCACCUCCUUCGUCACCUCCACCCUCCAAGACCCACGCCUCCUGUCGCCACAGCAACCGGCUCUGCAGAGGAACAGCGUGUCGCCAGGGUUACCACAGCGACCAGCCAGCGCAGGAGCUCUGCUAGGAGGCGACCUGGGGAACUCCAACGGGGCGUGCCCGAGUCCAGUCCCUAACGGCUACAUUAGCGCCAGGGCCUCCCCGGGCCUCCUCUCCGUAUCCAACGGCAACAGCCUGGGCAAAGUAGUCCUGGCGAAGUCUCCGCCGCCGCCCAGCCCUCAGAUGGUCAACAGCCGCAAGCCGGACCUGAGGGUCAUCACCUCGCAGAACAGCAAGAGCCUCAUACAACUGACAGAGGAAGAGCUGGAGUUGGUGAGUGAGCGGCUAGGCGGCUCCCAGAUGGCUCAGUCGCUCACCACCCCAGUGGUCUCCGUGGCAACACCCAGUCUCCUAGCACCUUUCUCAGGCAUGCAGACGGCCUACAACACAGAGUACCAGCUGACGAGUGCAAAUCUCACAGCGCUCCAGACGUUCACACCACCCGGGUUGGUGCCUGGCAACAUGGCUGCCUGGCAACAGCAACCAGCGGUCUCCCAGCAACAACAACAACAACAACAACAACAACAACAACAACAGCAACAGCUGAGCCGCGAGUCGCUCAGUAACUUGGUCAUGUGGGGUGCAGACAAACAGAGUGCGGAGAUGGUUAACUGCAUCUCCAGUUUUGCCGCUAACCUGAGCUUGGCCUCUCAGUCCAACUUGCUCUUUGGCAGGGAGGACGGCCUCUGCUGGCCGGUGGGUCACAUACCUCCGGGCCCCGCGCUGACCGUCAACACAAACCCAAACAUCAACAUCAAGUCUGAACCCAUCUCACCAAACCGUGACCGCAGCACACCCAUCUCCACCUGCGGCGGCGGCGGCGGCUUGGGAGGUGGAGGUCAGAUUCAACUCCAGGGACAAGGUCUGGUGACGCUCGCCUACCCGGGUACCCUGCGCCUGGAAACUGUAGGUCAAGGCCGCUCGCCAGUUGAUUCGCUCAGCAGCAACGGCAGCUCGUACGAAGGCAGCGACCGGGACGACGGCGCCCAGGGGCGGGGCGGAGGUCAGGACUUCCAGCACCAUGGCGGUGCCGGAGCCCAGCAGCCCACCAUGGUCCUAGUGCGGCCCUCCUCGGCCGAGCCCCAAGACCAAGACGGGACCAACGUGAAGAGGAUUAGACUGGACACCUGGGUGACAUGAAGAGACAGACGGAGGGUGGAGAUGCCCCCAUCAGCCCUGAUGCCCGCGACCCCCCUUCCCUUUGCACACACACACACACACACUCACACACACGCACACACACACACACACACACUCACACACACACACACUCACACACACACACACACACACACACACAC